UCCGUCAUACCAAUCAUCUAUCUGAUCUUAUUUACAAUUAAUUUUUCUUUCACUGGAACACAACAAAAUUAGAAAGCUAAUAUUCAGUCAUAAAAAACAAAAUUAGAAAGCUUCUAAAGAAAUCUACCCAAUGACCUAGCUUCCCGAGAAAGCUACCAAAUGUCACUCACACAAACGGAGUACUUGAUGAUUACUAUAAAACACACUAUCACUUUCAUCGUAGCAACCAUAUCAUUUCCCAAAAAAAAAAAAAAGUAAACGUAUACAACAAUGGCUUCGUUGAUCAACUUGUUCCCAUUCUUCAUCAUCUUAACCCUACAAACUUCCCUCACGGCAGGCGUCAAAAAACCAAACCCAUCUGUUUUUCUACUUCCCUUGAUCAAAGACAAAGCUACGAGUCUCUAGUACACAAACCUCAACCUCGGAAACAUUAAUCACUCUCCUCUAACGCAGAGCCUCGCCAUAGAUCUCGGUGGCAGUUCAGCCGCUCUCCUCCGCUGCAACACCGUCCUAAAAUCCAUAACCUACCUCUCAAUUCGUUGCAACUCAGCUGUAUGCAAACAAACCAAGCCCGACUCGUUCUGUUUCAACAAGACCAACACUUGUGGCAAAUACGUUUCCACUUCAUUCACCGAGCAUCCACUCAACACGCUUCUCGGUACUGACUCUGUCUCUCUUCUCACCUCGAAACCUAACGGCGUCACUAACUCCGUCCACUCUCCGUUGAUAUUAUCUUGCCCCAACAACGCUAACGCCUUGAGACUCAUGCCAAAGGUUGUAAACGGAACCAUAGGUCUUGGCAACUCUUCGUUCUCGCUCCUUUCCCAGCUUGCAUCUAUGCACAAAAACCGGAGAAAGCUGUCUCUCUGUUUGCCAUCUAAACCUGCCGGUUUAGGAAGCCUUCACAUUGGAGGAGUCUCUCCAUACACUAACGAUGUUUCCAAGAACUUAGCCUCAACGCCUCUGGUAAUUGACCAAACGACCGGUGGGUACUUUAUCGACGUUAUGUCCAUCGAAAUCGCCGGAAACGUCGUUCCUUUGGGUAAGAAAAGGCGUGGAAACGCUAUGAUCUGUACUUUGGCUCCUUACACUGUCUUGCAAGGUUCCAUUUACAAGGCUCUGGUUAGUGAAUUUGUGAGAGAAGCCAAGAUGUUGAGAGUAGCAAACGUGAAGCCUUUCAAUGCAUGUUUUAGCUCCAAAGGGAUGGGAGUUUCUGCGGCGGUUCCGGUGAUUGAUUUGGUGGUGAAAGGCGGAGCUAAGUGGAGGAUUAAUCGGUGGAACUUGCUGGUUAAGGUGAAGAGAGAUGUGGUUUGUUUAGGGUUUUUGGACGGAGGUGUGACUAUGAAGACUACUGAAAUGGUGAUAGGAGGUUUUCAGAUGGAGGAUCAUCUAGUGGAGUUGGAUCUUGAAGCUUCUAAGUUCUCUUUCUCAUCUUCGCUUUUGCUUAAGAAUACUUCUUGUGGUCAGAACAGAAUUGUCUAAUCUCAUAUAUCACCGGUUGUUCUGUCUUAACAAUUAGGCGAAUGAAUAAAUAAUACUAUGGUGCCAAGUUAAAUAA